AUGUCUCUCAACUCUCUCAACCACGCUGCCAUUGUCGCCGCUGGCCACACCGCUCAAGCUCGCCGUCGCCUCAACAACGCCAUCUCUCGCUCCAAGCAGGCCGCCGCCAUGAGGGUCACAAAGGAUAUGACUUCCGGUACCCAGACGGAGGUCAUUGAAUUUGCUCAUGAUGACUUUGACGAGCUUCUGUGCAACCAGAUGCAUGACUAUGUCGUCGCGGCCGAGAAGGCCACCAAGGACUCCAUUGCUGGCAUCCGUCGCUACUACAACACCAAUGCGCCUUGCAUGUACUCUCUGCCCCGCGACCGGGCCACUGAUGUCAAGACCGUCAAGCAAGAGUGCCUGGACAUGUACAAGUGCCACGACGCCCGCCUGAAGGACCUCCUUCUCGCCUUUGAGGAGGUUUCCGAUGAGAAGUGGGCGCAGAUCAAGCAGCACCACGCUCAGUUCAAGGACAAUUUCCUCCAGCGCCUCGAGGACCGCCGCAGCUUCUUCAUCCAGCGCUGGAAGCUUGCUCUUCGCCUCCGGGUGUGCCAUCGCCGCGUUGUCUGCAACGCCGCCGAUGUCAAGUACGCCGGCAAUGGUUGCGAAUUCCUCCUCAACCAGGGCUUCCACCUCUAG